AUGGCGGAGAGAGGAGCGCACCUGAAUACAACAGCGGCUGAAAGCAGCAGAGCUUCCAUAUUUGAACUUUUGGCUCAGGACUCGUUGAUGACUGCUGUCAAACCAGCCCUGCUACACGCUCUCAAAGUCUUGGCUGAUUCUAACCCAGCUCGGUUCGGAGUCUUCUGGAGGAAUUUGGAUGAGAUAUACGCCGUCCUGGACCUUCUCCUGCAGCAUCACUACCUUUCGCGCACCAGCGCCUCCUUUUCCGAGAACUUCUACGGCCUGAAGCGAGUGGGGCCGGACGGUACCCGCCCGGCGCAUCGCGGCCUCGGUCGCAGGCAGCACCUGCGCUCUCUGCUCCUCCUGGCACUUCUGCCUUACUUACGAAUCAAACUGGAGAAAGUCCUCGCUCGUCAGAGAGACGAGGACGACUUCUCCAUACAGAUGCCCAAGUCCCUCGGUCAGAAGAUGUACAGAGCCUUUCUGGCUGCUUAUCCGUUCGUGUGCAUGGCAUGGGACGGGUGGAGUUUUUGCCAUCAGUUGCUGUACGUUUUCGGCAAAACACGCACACAUUCACCCUUGCUUUGGCUAGCGAGGGUCAAACUGUCCUAUCUAACAGCUCGGGACAUCCAGAACUUGGAUCUCAAGCAGGUGGAUCGGACACUCAGUUCUAGUCAAAGUUUGGGAGAAAGGGUGCAGAGUCUCUUGUCGGCGGUGAUCGGCGGCAUGGCGGUGUCCCUCUCCACCAGUCUCUCUUUGGGUGUGUUUUUUCUGCAGUUCCUAGAAUGGUGGUACUCAUCAGAGAACCAGAGCACCAUCAAAUCUCUGACCUCUCUUCCCACACCCCCGCCCCCACUUCACCUCGAGGACCAGGAGGCGGCAUCGACGCACGGCAGUGUGUGCCCGCUGUGCAGGAAAGUGCGCACCAACGACACGGCGCUGGCAACCUCAGGCUUUGUUUUCUGUUACCGCUGUAUAUACACGUACGUGAAGGCCAACCACAGAUGCCCUCGAACAGGAUACCCGUCUGAACUGCAGCACCUGAUCAAGAUCUAUUCACCAGAUGGGUAGACCGCAAUCAUGUGACUUUUUCAGAAAUGUAGAUCAGAUUUGCAAAUCAUGCAUUUCCUGUCUGAAGCAUCGUUGUCAUUUUAAUACAUUUAAUACAAUAAUAUUCAGUCCAGAUGGUAAAUUUAUGUUUUUAAUGUAUAUUGAAUAUUCAUAAUCCACCAGUGCUAUUGGCUGGGCAAGCGUUUACACAGACCUGAUUGGCUGUGUCUCCUUCUGUCCAUUUAAUAAAGCUUCAAGUGAAUUAACAAAUUA